CGCGCUCCUCUGCCAGACUCACCCAGAAGGUGCGGUGCGAACAGGGACCGUGCGUAUUUACGCUCACUGUGAGUCGGGAGAACGCGCUGACAGAAGGCUCUGUCUGAUCUGAGAGGGGACCCCGCAGAGAUCGCUCUAGGUGGAGUUGGACCGGGAGGCGUUUAUUUGACCACCUCUCCACGCGCUGUUGACGCGCGGCUGAGAAGGAACGCAGAUCCGUUGAUUAGGCAGGAGCCACGGUUCGGCCCGAGAGGCUCCAGACGCCUUCGUGCCCCUCGCCCCUCUUCCCGUCCCUUCUGAGCGCAGCGGGGCCGAGGGAGGGACGGGAGACCGGCUGAAGCUCGGGCUGAAGCGGCGCGCCUGCCCGUGGAUGAGCCUCUGGAUGCGGGACGAUGGAUUGACAUCCUGCACGCGCCUCGCCGCCGCCUCUCCGCUGUGCCGACCCGCCACUGCGCGUCCAGCUCGGGGUUCCACGUGUGGCCGACCUUCCUCUCGAGAUGACCGAGGAGUAUGCUUUGCGCUGCGUCCUGAUGCUCUGCUGUGCGCUGCUUUCCGCCAACGCGAGUAACUGGCUGUAUCUGGCCAAGCUGUCUUCACUGGGAAGCAUCAGAGAUGAGGAGACAUGCGAGAGGCUGCGAGGCCUCAUCCAGAGACAGGUGCAGAUAUGUAAGCGCAGUGUGGAGGUGAUGGAUGCGGUGCGUCGUGGAGCCCAGCUGGCUAUAGAUGAGUGCCAGUUCCAGUUCCGCAACCGCCGAUGGAACUGCUCCACUCUGGAGACCAUGCCUGUGUUUGGAAAGGUGGUCACACAGGGCACCCGUGAGGCAGCCUUUGUGUACGCCAUCUCAGCAGCCAGUGUGGCCUUCGCGGUCACUAGAGCCUGCAGCAGCGGAGAGCUUGAAAAAUGUGGCUGUGACCACAAUGUGCACGGAUCCAGUCCAGAGGGCUUCCAGUGGUCCGGCUGCAGUGAUAACAUCGCAUAUGGCGUGGCCUUCUCGCAGUCCUUUGUGGACGUGAGGGAGCGGAGUAAAGGCCAGUCCUCCAGCCGAGCUCUCAUGAAUCUGCACAACAAUGAGGCAGGAAGGAAGGCCGUGCUCUCCCACAUGCGCGUGGAAUGCAAAUGUCACGGCGUGUCGGGCUCCUGUGAGGUGAAGACCUGCUGGAAGGCCAUGCCGCCGUUCCGCAAGGUGGGCAACGUCAUCAAGGAGAAGUUCGACGGCGCCACCGAGGUGGAGCAACGCAAGGUCGGCAGCUCCAAAGUCCUGGUUCCUCGUAACUCCCAGUUCAAACCGCACACGGACGAAGACCUGGUGUACCUGGAGCCCAGUCCCGACUUCUGCGAACACGACCCGCGCACGCCGGGCAUGCUGGGUACGGUGGGGCGCCAGUGUAACCGGACGUCCAAGGCCAUCGACGGCUGCGAGCUGAUGUGCUGCGGACGCGGCUUCCAGACGCAGGAGGUGGAGGUGGUGGACCGGUGCAGCUGCAAGUUCCACUGGUGCUGUUAUGUCAAAUGCAAACAGUGCCGCAAAAUGGUGGAGAUGCACACGUGCCGGUGAUGGGAGCCCUGCUGGUGAGCGAAAGCAACACCCACGCCGCUGGGAGCGAGCGAGGAGGACUCGCAAACAGACGGCGGCUGAAAGGUCAAAGGUCACCCUGCUCCUAUUCAGCCACUGCAUCAGAUAUCAGUAGUUAUGCAUGGGAUUCCCUCAAAUGCAGAGGCUGUGGGCUCCUCCUCCAGCUCUCUGUCCCUGACUCAACCCUCAUAUUUAGUUUGUCACUGAUGCUUCUUAUUUUUGUAAUGUUUAACUUAUUUGUUGAGACUGAUGGGAUUGAAUGGGACAUAAAGGACCAGCCGGAGCCUCGGGGGUGGAACUGAAGGGUUAGCUUAGGUUCUAGAGGAGGGUCCUGGGCCCUCUGUCCUUGCUGCUGCUGCUGAUGCCGCUGCUGCUGCUGCUGCUGCUUUGGGGACCUUUGCCAACAUGGAGGGAGAGCAUCGCCUCUAAGUCUAUUUAGCUCUUGCAGUGCUGCUCCGCUCACACACACACUCACAGUCUGAGUUCAGCGUUUUGCCAGCAUCUCAUCAGUCAUAACACACGACUACCAGAACCAGAACCCAGACACCUUGAAGUCACAGCUCAUGUGAAGUGAGCUCCUUCAGACGCAUGACGUGGAUGACGUCCGUGCACAGACACACACGCGUCCAGACCUCCUGUCAGACGUUGUCGAGCUUGUUGCGUGACUGAAGCACUUUCUCUCCAAGCGCACAUAGAGCCGUUAGCCCAGUUCACUGUGUCAGCCAUGCCACUGUGUCACGUCCUGUGCCCGAGCUUCCCUGUAGUACGUGCUAUCAUUAGAGACAUGCUGUAGACCUGUACAGACCUAUACACUGAAGACGACUAUACUGCCUGUGAAUGUAUGUUAAUGUGGAAUAUAUGCUGUGCAAAACAUGACUGUGUGCGUUAUUGUUAUUGUGCUUCACAAAAGAAAAAGAAGGAAGACGGUUCUGACACACGCAGACCUGCACAUGUCAACAUAUUUUAAUAAAAUACUCCUUCCUGUG